AUGGGGUCCUUAUGGCGAACGUUGAUUUAUAUCUACCUGCUGGGGUUUGUGUGGGCUGCAGUAGCCCAGUCCGCACUUCCUGAGUGCGCACAAACAUGCCUUCUUAUGGCGUUCGGCACGAACACUUGCACAGUAACUGACCUGGACUGCAUCUGCACAAAUGAUGUUUUCCAGAGCAACGUUACACUCUGUGUAGCGAGUAGCUGCGCGAUUCCAGAUCAACUAGCGACCAAGAACAGCAGCUUAACCACCUGCGGAGCUCCCGUUCAAGAUCGUGGCCCCAAUUACGUCGCCUUGUCGAACACAAUGUUCUCGAUUUCCGCCGGUUUCGUCGUCGUCCGAAUUGCAUUCAAGGUCCUAGUGUCGAGGGUCGAUAUUGGCAUGGAUGACUGGACCGUGGUGGCUACUACGAUAAUUUCUAUACCUAGUGCGAUUGUAACGGUCUACGGAACUGUCGCUAACGGUUUGGGGCAACACAUCUGGACACUGAAACCGAACGAGAUUACGUCCAUGCUAAAGUACUUUUAUGUCAUGGCCAUACUAUACUUCACGCAGACUGCGCUCUUGAAGCUCUGCUUGGUAUUCUUCUACAUUCGCGUCUUUCCUACCCAAGGCGUCCAGCGCUUGCUAUGGGCCACGGUAAUCUUCGUAGUCGUGUGGGGCAUGGCCUUCGUCCUUGCCGGAAUAUUCCAAUGCACACCCGUGCAUUACUUCUGGAACAAAUGGGACGGGCUCCAUCAAGGGCAUUGCGUCGACAUCAACGCGAUCACGGUCACCCACGCUGCUAUCAGCAUUUCCUUGGACGUCUGGAUCCUCGCAAUCCCCAUGUGGCAAUUGCGAGGACUGAGGAUGCAUUGGAAGAAGAAAGUGGGCGUCGGACUGAUGUUCUGCGUCGGUACUUUUGUCACCAUAGUUAGUAUUCUGCGAUUGCGCGCCUUGAUGGAUUUUGUGGUUUCCUCCGACGCGAGUUGGGAGUUCUACAAUGUGUCGGUUUGGAGUACGAUCGAGAUAUGUACAGGCAUCAUUUGCUCUUGCCUCCCGACUGUACGCCAGCUUCUCGCCAAGCUGUUCCCCAUCAUCCAGGGUUCCUCUGCUCGCAGUCGGAACAAGUACUACAAUUACAACAGGAGCGAGGAGCUCCAGAAGAUUGGUCGGAGCAAUACUUCUCAUGAUGUCCGCAUCGCGACCAUAGCUUCUUCGGGUGAUAAUGGAUCAGCAGAAUUUAAGGACGACAGGGGAAUCGUGGUGGAAACAUCGUACACGAUCAAACGCACCCAAGGUGAUAUGGAUGAAAUCAGUCUGGUGUCGCACGACGACAAGAAAGCCAAGGGAGGCCGCGCCGUGUAG